GUUUCCCGUUUGACCACCACUCAGCCAGGCGCGCUCCACACGGAUCGCUCUCUUUCGUGCUCGCCGUGCUCUCGUCGUGUGUGCCGCUCGUCCACUGAACAUUUUUCCACCGCCCGUGUCGGUUUCACUUUAUCAUCGUCUACUGGAGAAUUUUUCAUCCGUUUGAAUCUUGCAUUCCUGUUAUAUUCUGUCUAAUAAAGGUAAGCGUAACGAUUUAUUAUUAUGUGUUUGACUGAUAUUUGCGUCUGCAUAAUCGGACGCCGGCCGUUCGUUAUUCAAUCGCAUCGCGUGUGCGCCACUUCUGUCCGGUCGGAUUUGGUGACCGUUCGUGUGACAUACGGUCGCAGUGGACGUUAUUAUUUCGCUCGGAGGUUUAAAUGUUUAAUAUUUAAUAUAAUUCACGUUUGGUUAUUUUGCGAUUGUUCUAUCGGCUACCGUCCAUCGUUCGGUAUACGUCGGUGGGUGUUUUUCUUUGUUUUGUAUAGUCUUGGUGACUCUUCAUCGAUAUCCGUCUAGGAACCGAUUGUCCGUGAUCACCCCUUGUUAAGGGCUUCAUCCCGAAUCGAUCCGAAAACUACAUUUUCGUCCGUUCUUUUUGUUCGGCUUGUUCAUUCUUUUUGCGUAUGUGGCAACUGCCGGUUGUAAUCGUGAACCGUGUAGUUCUACGCGGUCGUGUAUUCGUGUCACCCUUCACCGGUGAUUAUAAACUUCUCGUCCCCGAUACAAAUCGAUCGCCUUCAAAUUGCUUUAUUGUUUGUGUACACGCAAAUUAAUUGCAUUAUAAUUAUGGCAGAGUAAAUUUUUGAAUUAAUCGGUAUGGGUGUGUAUGUGUGUGUGUGUGAUGCAUUCGCCGGCCCCCGGUCUGUUGGUACCAUUGUCCCGUGACACAUGUCACUGAUAUUGGUUAGGAGAGCACGAUGCAGUUUUUUCGCACUCUUAUUAUUUUUUAACGAUCCGCCGCGUCAUUUCUGGGUUCGUUAACCCUCGGGUUCCAAGAAUACCAAAUUUCCUUCAAUUUUUUGUCUUUAAAACCGUAAGAUUCAACUGUUAGAAAUUUUUACGCGAUGACAGUUGAGUUUUCACACACGUGUACCUAAGUGUUUGGGCACAGUGAGUUUUUUUUUCGACAUUUAAGUCUGCCCACCGGAAAAUAUUGUGACAUGUCAGCUUUUAAUAAUGGUAUUGUCAAAUGUAUACUAUGUACUAUUAAUGGAUUGAUGGUAAAUUUCGUUAUUACACAAUAUUGUAUCACGAACAACUAAAAUUUAAACGGCUAUUGAUCAAUCAAUACUGAAUCGAUUUACCGAAUAAUGGUUAUUUUUUGAUACAAUUCGUAAAUUUCGAUAUUUGAGAAAUUGAAUUUGAUCUUUUAUAGGUUAUGAAUUGUGUUAUGCAUAUUAUUCAAUGCAUAUUAUUCAAUGCAUAAUAUUAUUAUGAUUAACGCACGAUGCACAUAUGUAUCAGUUAUCUAAAAGGUCGUGUUUUUUUUUUUCAUUCAACAAAAAUAAUUAUAGACUUCGAAUUAUCAAUUAUUAUUAAUUAAAUUGUUCUCUUGUUUGCAAUUAAAACUUAUUGUCACUUCCUGUUUUAUAACAUUUGACUCUGCAUUUUACUUUAUUUUUGCAACGUUUACAAUUUUAAUACUCUUAAUGAUGUUUUGCAAUUAAUAUUCAAAUUAUUUAAGUAAAAUACUUAAUUCUACCUAUUCAUUUUUAAUAUAAUUUUUUUCCAGAUAAAUCAUGGGUAAAGAAAAGGUACAUAUUAACAUCGUUGUCAUUGGACACGUAGAUUCUGGUAAAUCCACAACAACUGGUCAUUUGAUCUACAAAUGUGGUGGUAUCGACAAACGUACAAUUGAAAAAUUUGAGAAGGAAGCCCAAGAAGUAAGUAUUUUGUUUUAUUAUCGCUUUAUUUUUUAUUUUGGUACUAAUGGUUUUGUGUCCAAUUUAGAUGGGAAAAGGUUCCUUCAAGUAUGCUUGGGUAUUGGACAAACUUAAGGCUGAACGUGAACGUGGUAUCACUAUUGAUAUUGCUUUAUGGAAAUUCGAAACUGCCAAAUACUACGUCACCAUCAUUGAUGCACCUGGUCACAGAGAUUUCAUCAAGAACAUGAUUACUGGUACCUCUCAGGCCGAUUGCGCUGUACUUAUUGUUGCUGCUGGUACUGGAGAAUUCGAAGCUGGUAUUUCCAAGAAUGGACAAACCCGUGAACACGCUUUAUUGGCUUUCACUCUUGGUGUGAAACAAUUGAUUGUUGGUGUGAACAAGAUGGAUUCUACUGAACCACCAUACAGUGAAGUACGUUUUUAAUAUUAAUCUAUUAUAAUUUGAAUGAGUAGAAUUAAUUGAUAUAUGUUAUGUUUAGACUCGUUUCGAAGAAAUUAAGAAAGAAGUCAGCAGUUAUAUUAAGAAAAUUGGUUACAACCCAGCCGCUGUUGCUUUCGUCCCAAUCUCUGGAUGGAACGGUGACAACAUGUUGGAAGUUUCCGAAAAAAUGCCAUGGUUCAAGGGAUGGAAUGUUGAACGUAAAGAAGGAAAGGCUGACGGUAAAUGUUUAAUUGAAGCUUUGGAUGCUAUCCUGCCACCCAGUCGUCCAACUGACAAAGCUCUCCGUCUUCCACUUCAGGUAUAUACAAUUUUCUAUUAUUCAUAAAUAUUUUUCAAAUUUUAAUUCAUUUUCAUUAUAUAUUUAUAUUUUUAUACUUUAGGACGUAUACAAGAUAGGAGGUAUUGGAACAGUACCCGUUGGUCGUGUGGAAACUGGUUUAUUGAAACCCGGUAUGGUUGUUGUAUUUGCUCCUGCUAACAUUACCACUGAAGUUAAGUCUGUAGAGAUGCACCACGAAGCUUUGACCGAAGCUGUUCCUGGAGAUAAUGUUGGUUUCAACGUAAAGAACGUUUCAGUCAAAGAAUUAAGACGUGGUUUUGUUGCUGGUGACACUAAAAACAACCCACCUAAGGGUGCUGCCGAUUUCACUGCCCAGGUAAAUAAAUUAGUAGAUUUUUAUUAUUUUAAAUUCAUGCUAAUAUGUCAUUUUUAUUAGGUUAUUGUAUUGAACCACCCUGGUCAAAUUUCCAAUGGUUACACUCCCGUGUUGGAUUGCCACACUGCUCAUAUCGCUUGCAAAUUCGCAGAGAUCAAAGAAAAGUGUGACCGUCGUACUGGUAAAACUACUGAAGCAAACCCAAAAGCUAUCAAAUCUGGAGAUGCUGCCAUCAUCAACUUGGUCCCAUCCAAGCCUUUGUGUGUUGAAGCUUUCUCAGAGUUCCCUCCUUUGGGACGUUUCGCUGUGCGUGACAUGAGACAAACUGUUGCUGUUGGUGUCAUUAAGGUAAACAUUGUUCAAAUGUACAUAUUAUGUAUUUUUAGAUAAAUGUUUAUAUAUUGAUAACUCAUUUCUUGUUUUUGUAUUUUAGAGUGUGAACUUCAAGGAUCCGUCUGCGGGUAAAGUAACAAAGGCCGCUGAAAAAGCCCAGAAGAAGAAAUGAAUAGGCGUAGCAGUAGCGCACACACGUCCUUCAGUUAGGUCAAAAGGAAGUUCGCAUAGGUGUAAAACACCAUCCCAACUUCUAAUACUAUCCAAGUGGCUGUUACAACCUUGUUUUCAUCGUAAAGAAUUCCGCAGGAAAAAAUUGUGUUGUGCUACUACUCAAUAUCAUGAUAAUUUUGUUUUUAUUUUUUAUUUUCAACAAUUUUUUAAAUUUUGUUUAUAGUAAUGUAACUAAAUAAUAUUAGGGAUGACAUAAUUUACACAAUUUUUUUUCCUAAGGAAUGUAUUUAUAAUGCAUUGAUAUUUGGAAAAUAUUUUUCUCAAACUUAGGUUUAUAUGAAGUUAUAAUUUAUAUCUUUUACUUUGUAAUUUUUUUUAAUAAUUUUGUUUACUGCAUCUAUGACUACAAAAUCCAUUUGGCCCAACUGAAAGCAUUAGCCGCCCGCCUAUACAUUGUGUUUGCAUUUGAACGAACAUCAACAAAUAAAACACGUAUAAUACUAUUUUUUUCAUUAAUGUUAUUAUUUUGUGAUUU